AUGUCUUCGAAUAGGUCUUCAUUCGACUCGACUUCAAGAGAGUCGGACGCCCUGUUUCGCCCUGGCCAACAACCAAGCAACGCACUACCUCGCUCUACGAGUCCGGUAGAAGUCGAACACGUGCAUUUCCCUCCCAUUUCUACAGUGGUGGCAUCGGCGGCUGUUUCUUCGCCUUCUCCAGCACAUGACAAUAAGGCGCCUCUGCACUCUGCACCUCAUCAGCAAAUCAGCCAUUGGCCAAGCGUCAAUCCACUAGCCGCCUACUACACUCCUGGAUACGUCCAGGCGGUCGAAUAUCCCUUGAAGACAGAUGCCGAUGCCAGCAGCACCAGCACGGGCACGGCAGGUGGAAUGUCUCCUGAAUAUCAUAUCGAUGGGAGGGCUAGCAGUGUGAGCCUCGACGACCCGGAUGUUCGGCUCGCGGCUGAGGCAUUGGGAGAUCUUCGAGCAGGUACCACUUCGGCAUAUAAUAGCUCCAAAAACUUCUCGCCCAGAUUUAAAUCGAGUGUUGAGUAUGUCGAAGGUUAUUUGACACCGAUUGGAAAUACCCUGGGCUCGGUCAGCCGAGUGACUGGCGUCGAGAAUGGAGUCCGGUGGUUUCUGAAGGGUGGUCGACGGCACCUGCGCUCUGGGCCGUCAGACCUUGAAACUGGCAGUAAUAACCAUCACAAGAGGCGGAGAUUAGACCUGGAUUCAAACGCAAAGAGAACAAUACCUGCGCCGUGGAGGGGCCCGCACACAGACAUGUUAAUUCAGUUUGAAGGCAAGACCGACGUGGAUGGAUUCGGCUUCACCAAAGAGCGAAGGCCCUCUUUAAGUACCGUUGAAACACCACCAGCCUACGACGAGCAAACUUCGCCAGCAUACACCGAGUUUGCAGAAUGCCCACGGCCGUUGGAAUCAGAUCAUGAUGGAACAGGCCAACGGCAACGUACAUUUCCGCCUGCAGCCUGGCAGUCUCGUUUGAUCAUGUCGACGUCUGGUCUAAGCAUCGCUAUGAGCGAGGAAAGUCUGCGCAGUUUGAAAUACUGCCUCCAUUGGUUGCGAUGGGCCAACGACCGCAUUGGGAACACAAUAAAUACAUUAAAGUCGACGCUGGAGCAGUUUGAAUCAGAGGAAGCGAGCAGACUGGAGAGGGUGAGUGGCGACCGGGCGUCGAACGACCACACACAUGCACCGAGCCCAGUUGAAGCUGGUACGGGACAAUCGGAGCGAAGCGAACUGGCUGCAAGAAUCACUGCGCUGAGAGGUGACGUUCUUCAAACUCUCCGGGGGGUCAUCGACACCGUCUCAAAGUACGCGGGUGGUGCACUUCCAGACAACGCAAGAGAUCUUGUCCGUCGCCAUCUGACGAGCCUCCCCCAACGCUUCCGUCUAGCCAACCAUACAGAUGCAAUGGCAUCCGAGGGAGAGGAUGCAGCGAGUGACAAUGAGCUCAAAGAGAACGCCCAACGAGUUCUGGUGCUGGCCAGAGAAGGAUUGGAUAUGAUGGCACAAGUCAGCGGCGUGCUGGAUGGGACUAUCGUCAGCGCCAAGGAAUGGUGCGAACGGUUAGGGAAAAAGAAGCGAGAAGAGCGCGGUCAUUUGAUAGCGAAGGAUUCGAUCUCGGGGCCUAUGAGUGGCAAAACUGUUGGCGCAGUUGAUGUUGUAAUGAAGUAG